AUGGGUGCUUCGAGUGCAAUGCAGUCACAUUUUGCGUUGGUUCCUUUGUUUGCUUUCUUACUUGGCCACCAAGGUGCUUCGCAGUUCCUGGAGCAACCCUGUGGAUCUCCAAUUGGAAACAGGAUCAGCGGUGGCGUCAACGCAAACUUUGAAAAUUCUAUUUAUAUGGCAGCCAUUUUUAAUCAAAGCAAUCAUUUUCAAUGCGGUGGCACAGUGAUACAUAAACUCUUUAUUUUGACUGCUGCUCAUUGCUUGGAUAUCAAACAAAAUCUAUAUGUGAAUUUGGGAGCGUAUUACAAAUACACUCCAAAGAGUCAGUACGAUGUCAGUUAUGGCUUGCAGCACCGUGACUACAAUGAAUUCAGUGGCCAGAAUGAUAUAGGCCUGCUUAAACUGGCAAAUAGUGUCGAUUACAAUCGUCAAAUUCAACCAAUGUGCAUUUACUUGAAUAAGGAGAUUAAAAAGCAACUAGCGUCCGUGCAAACGUUUGAAGCCUUUGGUUGGGGCCGUAAACGCGACGGGCUGGAAAGCGAUGUUCUUCAAACUAUCACUCUUAACCAACUAAAUCAACAACAUUGCAAAUCUGCGUUGGGUGAAAGUCUUAAUUCGACUCAGAUCUGCGCUGGUGUCUCGAAUGGAGACACCUGUGAAGGCGAUUCUGGCGGUCCGUUGACUCAAAAAGUCAAGUUAAUUAAUAACACGACACUUGUAGUUCAGUUCGGAAUCAUAAGCUAUGGAAAAAAAACAUGCGAUUCGGUGGGGGUGUAUACGGAUGUGACCAGCUAUGUAGAUUGGAUUCAGGAAACAAUAACCAAAUAUAAAGACAUACCCCACGCCAAAUCCACCCCAAUCCCACCUGUUCGUCAGGAGGAUGGCGCGUUUAUUCCUCAGAGGUAUCCGAUAAAUAAUCAUCGGGAGUAUCCGCAGAAUUAUCCGCAGGUGAAUAGGCCUGUGGCUCAGGAGGUGUGGAUUAAUAGUGUCUGCGGUGGGGAUGGAAACUCGAUGACAUCGAUCAUACGCCCAACCAUUUACGGACCUGAUUUUAAGGCGCAGGGCGUGCUGAUUGCAGACCGAUUUGUCCUUACAGUUGCCACAGACAUGCCAGAAAAUGCCGCCUCAUUAGAAGUGUCUGUGAUGGGAACAACAAAGUAUGCAGAAUACGGUGUUUCCUCCGUUUUCAAGAACAAAGAGUAUUCCGAUGAAAUAUAUUUGCUUGAACUGAUGCAACCGGUGAUUUCCAAUGGCCGAAAUAAAUCAAUCUGUAUCGUGAGCGAAACUUACCAGAAGGAUGUAGAACAAAAUAAAGCAUGGGCUAUAUUUGACAAUGUGAAUUUAAAAGAGUUUAGUGUUAAUCCAUUCAGUCCCCGAUUAUGCUCGUAUUAUAUAGGAUCUGUACUUGAACCAAAUCAACUUUGUGUUGAAAAUCCCUCUGGAAUAAGUCACAUUCACGAGAAUUCUGGCAACGUAUUGGUAAACAAGAUAACGGUUAAUAAAAAACCAUUCCUUGUUUUAAUAGGUAUUGUCAGCUAUUCAUCUGAUGGAAUGCAGGUUAUCACAAAUGUUAUGAGAUAUACUAGGUGGAUCGCAGGCAUCAUAAAUCAAAUUAAUUAAAAUUAUCAACGAUUCCGAACAAUAAAAAUAUAUAAAAAUACUAA